AUGUAUGGGCGAUUGGGCAGCGUGGACGAGGCGCGCGCCCUCUUCGAUCGAAUCCCCAGAAGGAACUCCUUCUCCUGGGUGCUCAUGCUCACGGCUUACGUCCAAAACGGGUUUCUGGAUCGCGCCAAAGCGCUGUUCGACCAGAUCCCUCACGCCAAUCCCGUGGCGGCGAAUGCGUUGCUGUCGGCGUACGCCCACGCCGGCGAUCUCGCCGCAGCAAGAAAUCUGUUUGAUUCGUUGCGCGAGCCCGAGUGGCAGAGCCUCUCGCUUUGGAACACGAUGCUUUCGGCAUAUGCCCUUACCGGCCAUCUAGAAGAGCUCGAGCGUCUCUACAAAGAGAUGCCGGUUUGGGAUAGGGUCUCGUGGACGGCCAUGCUGACCGCGUACGGAAGGUCUGGUGAUGCUCGAAAAGCUAGUAUUGUGUUUGAAUUCAUGGCCGAGAGGGACAUGGUUUGCUGGAGCGCAAUGAUCACUGCAUUUGCCCAAAACGGGCAGUUUCUUAGCGCAGAAAAACUCUUUCGCUCGAUGCCGGAGACUGACCUAGUGUCCUGGAAUGCGAUGCUGGCGAUGUACGCACAAGCCGGAAAGAUAGAAAAUGCGAAGAAAACCUUUGAUUCGAUGCCCGAGAGAGAUCUUUUUGCAUGGUGCGCACUGAUCACAGGAUAUGCCCAAAACGGGCAUCUGGAGGCCGCGUUUUUCUUGCUGGAUUCGAUGCCGGAGCGGAACCUGGUGCCCUGGAACGCAAUUCUCUCCGUCUGCGUGCAAAGGGGUCUCUUGGACGAGACGAAAAACAUCGUCGAUUCGAUGCCGGAGGUCGAUCUGAUCGCCAGCAACGGGCUGCUCAUCGCCUACGCUCAAGAGGGCGAUCUCCAAAACGCAAGAAAAACUUUCGAUCGAAUGCCCGAGCGCGAUAUCGUGUCAUGGAACGCGAUGCUCUCGGCCUACACCCAUCUCGGCCUCGUCGACGAGGCCAAGAGCUUCGUGGAGCAAAUGCCCGAGGUGAGCAUGGUGACGUGGAAUGCCACGUUGUAUUCCCUCAGCCAAGCUGGCCAUGUCAUGAGGGGAAAAGCUCUCUUUGAAGAAAUGAAGCUCAAGGACUAUUACUCCUGGAAUGUGAUGCUCUCGGUAUAUGCCCAGAACGGGCAUCUGGAAGAAGCCUUGGACGUUUUCCACUGCAUGCCCGAGAGAGGUACCGUCGCCUACAAUACAAUGAUCGCAGCUCACGCUCAAAACAAGGAUCUGGAUCGAGCAAAAGUGCUAUUUUUCCAAAUGCCGGAGUGGGAUACAAUCACCUGGAACGCCAUGAUGACCGCGUUUGCGAACAAAGGUCUUCUCAACCACGCGCGGCGAUUGCUACGCUUGAUGCCGGAGCCCAAUCCCAUCUCCUGGAACGCUCUCAUUGCAGCCUUUGGAAGCAAUGGACGCCUGAGUAGCGCUGUGGAGAUUUUCCAGGAGAUGGUUCUCGAGGGAUCCAAGGUGAGCGAGACGACUUUCGUUUGCUGGCUCCUCGGUUGCAACCACAACGGAAACGUUGCUUCUGGCUGGUCGUGCUUCCGAUCAAUGUUCGAGCAUUCUGUCCCGCCAUCCAGACAAAGUUACUCGUGCAUGAUCGAUAUACUUAGCAGGGCUGGUUACCUGAGAGACGCCGAGGAUCUCAUUCGCUCCAUGCCUUACGCUCCAGACUUUGUCGACUGGCAGUGCUUGCUCGGAGCUUGCCGAGGGAGCAGCGAGAACCGCAGAGGUGGCGCUCGAGCUGCAAGGCAGGCAAUCGAGUUAGAACCCAAAGACGCUUCCACUUACGUGCUGUGGGCGAACAUCGAGGUCCCGAAGCAAAAGCUUGUUCAUCUCUAG